UCAACAUCUCACCAUAGAAAAGGAAGUUUUUCAAUCUUAGUUGGCAAGGAUUACCUCAUUCCUCCAAAACAAUGUCGUAAUUGGUGGAGAACUUUAUCGGGAAGUUGCUCUACACAAAUUAUAGAAAGAGGGUCUUCUUAUUUAUAAGAGUCGUGGUAUCCUGCUAGAACUCAGAAGUGGUCUAUAGAAAAAUAAGGGAGAUAUGGGCUCGCUUAACAAUGGACGCAAGAAAUUUGAGAAACUUAAAGCGGGUUCGGAUAUUUCAAUAGGAGGGGCUCUUGAUAUUCUGAGAAGUAAUCUGAAUGCCAAAGAUGAAAGACCAACUAUUCCUCUAGGUCAUGGUGAUCCUUCUCCUUUCUCUUGUUUUAGGACUACACACGUUGCUGAUGAUGCCCUAAGUAAUGCAGUUAAAUCUGCCAAGUUCAAUUCUUAUGCGCCUGUUGGUGGUAUUCUUCCAGCCAGAAGAGCGGUUGCUGAAUAUUUAUCUCGUGAUCUUCCGUACACAUUAUCAGCGGACGAUGUUUGUCUCACGAGCGGUUGUAGACAGGCAAUUGAAGUUAUCAUAUCUGUCUUAUCUUAUCCUGGUGCAAAUAUAUUGAUACCAAAACCAGGGUACCCACAUUAUGAUGCUUGUGCUUCUGCUAACAAUCUCGAAAUUAGGCAUUUCGAUCUUAUUCCUGAGAGAGCUUGGGAGAUUGAUUUAGAGGCUGUUGAAGAUCUUGCCGAUGAGAAUACGGUUGCAAUUGUGGUCAUUAACCCUGGAAAUCCAUGUGGAAAUGUAUACUCGUAUGAGCAUUUGAAAAAGGUUGCUGAAACUGCAAAAAGGCUUAGAAUCCCUGUUAUUGCUGAUGAAGUUUAUGGUCAUCUCACUUUCGGGAGCAACCCUUUUGUUCCCAUGGGAGUAUUUGGAUCCACUGUUCCUGUACUUACACUUGGGUCCAUAUCAAAGAGAUGGCUAGUGCCUGGUUGGCGACUAGGCUGGCUCGUCAUUACGGACCCAAAAGGUUAUCUGAAAGAGGCAGAGGUUGUUGGUUCCGUAAAGCAAUACCUCAAUAUGAGCAAUAACCCAGCAAGUGUUAUUCAGGGAGCAAUUCCUCAAAUCCUAGAGAAUACAAAGGAGGAUUUUUUUGAAAAUACUAUAUGCUUGCUUCGUCAAGCUCUUGAUAUUUGCGCUGAGGAAAUUAAGGAGAUAGCUUGCAUUACUUUGCUCCAAAAACCAGAAGGAUCCAUGUUUGUCAUGGUAAAGCUGGAUACUUCACUUCUGGAAGACAUUUCUGAUGAUAUGGACUUCUGCAUUAAGCUGGCGAGAGAGGAAAAAGUCAUUAUUCUUCCAGGAAUUGUACUGGGUCUCAAGAAUUGGCUCAGGAUAACCUUUUCCAUUGAUCUCCCUUCUCUUAAAGAUGCUAUGGAGAGGAUAAAGUCGUUUUGUCAGAGGCAUGCCAAGCCACAGAUCUUGAAAUUGGAUGGACGCCUAACAAGUGAAGGAGGAUAUCUUCCUGGAAGCAACCUUCAAUCAUUAGAGUUCCAUGAAUCUAGCAAACUCGGAGUCAAAAGCAAAACAUUUGAAAGUUGAAAAGAAGUAGAUGCGACACUCAAUGCUGGUAAAGAGAAGAGCCUAUCGGGAGUGGCUGCGUUAAUUUUUUUUUCUUUGAUAGGAAAACCUCGGUCAAGAUUACCGUUUAUCAUUUCCAUAGAUUUUUUUCGUUUUCUGGUUUAUAGUUCCUCAGAUUUUUCAUUCUUAAUUUUUUACCAGUGUCCAGGGCCAGGCCCCAGGGUGUUUCAUUCGAUAAAUUACCUCUGCCAGUAACAAAGUAGAAGAGUAAUUGUAUAUGAAGUUAUUUUCAGUAAAAAUUAUUAGUAGUUGCAAAUAUC